AUGUCGCUCGCCGCUCUCGAUGGCCUCAAGGCCGCAAUCGAGCGCAUCAUCCUCGACCCGAAGUACCAUGACAUCCUCACCGUCGUCAAAGGCGCCCGCAAUGGAGCAGUCUACGGCGCGAAAGUCCGCUUCCCCCAUGCGCUUGUAUUCCGCCAAAAGGCCGGCCUCGUCUUUCGUGCGACCCGAACCCACGCCCGCAACCUCGCAAAGUUCGCGACGAUCUACAAGCUCACAAUGUACCUCUUGAAGAACUACGGCCCCACGCCGGGCAAGGAAGGGCCCUACGACGCCUUCUUCGCCGGCCUGCUGGGCGGCUACGUCGUCUUUGGCGGCCGCUCGCCGCGGAGCGGCAAGAUCUCGAGCGUCAACCAGCAGAUUGUCAUCUACGUCUUUGCGCGCGUCGUCCUGGCCCUCGCCCGCCUCGCCGUCACCCCCGGCAAGGGCCUGCCCCUCGUCAGCCGCGAGGACCUCUCGACCAAAAUCAGCUACUACGCCUGGCCCGUCUUCGCCAGCACGAGCUGGGCCAUGGUCAUGUACCUCUUCCGCCAGCACCCGUCCGACCUGCAGCCCAGCUUGCGCAGCAGCAUGACGUACAUUUACCAGCAGAGCAACGAGUGGGACUCGCUCCGCAACUUCAUCUGGCACAACAAAUAG